AUGCCCAACACACAGCAUGCGAGGACGCCUACAAGGAACGUACGUGGGGAGGCACCGGUGCGCCAUUGGUUGCUGGUCGGCCACCGCAACGUCUUUUCGGACGACCCCUCGCCACCAUCGUGCGCCCAGGCAGCACAGCCCAAGUCACCGAGCGGCAGCGUCAGCAAGAGCAAGAAGAAGCAGCGCUGCCGGUCAGUCAAGAAGGCUACCGUCGAGUCAGCAGCACCGUUCGCCUCGAGCCGUGCUUUCAGUGCUGACCGAUACAAGGACGCAAAUGAGUGGGAAGGCAACGUCUUCGGCAUAGACACCGCCUACCUCACAUCCGCCCCGGAGCGACUGUCGCAGAGCCCUAACGAGGAUGCGGAAUCUGCACCGUGUGCACCAGCGGUCGUGGCGGCGCUCCAGAAGACGGAGGCAUGCACGCACACUCGGAAGGAGCCUAGAGGGCAACAACACUCGGCAGAGUCGUCUGUAGUCCGGCCCACUUCGCCGCUGGAGCACGCUGAGGAUGGCGUGGACGCAGUGCAAACACGCGACUCGUCGCACGCGCCAACACAAGAACGAGCUGCGUUACUGUCGGGUUCCAUACUUCUCUCUUCACCAGCUCCAUCAGGUGAGCACGCCGGUGAUACGGCCCCGAGCGUCGGUGUGAUACGUUCUGCCACGAUGGUUCCUGCAGCUUCUGGAAAGAACGCCUUUAGGCAACAACCGGACGCCAGCACCGCUGUGAACAUAAACGAUGCCGGCACCGGCUGUGCUCUCGCAUGCCUUCCCGAAACACCACGCCGGCCAAUGCAGGUGUGCUUCUUCCGCUCCUCGGAGUCGCGGUGGCAGGGUGUGAGGACGCCCAACGAGACAGUCCUUGAAGCCGACAGCGAUGGGAAUGGCACUGACACACAUGGGGACCAAAAGAACUUCAUUCAGUCGCAUGCACGGGACCGGGUACCCCAUGAAGAGACGGAGCCAUGUGUCACCCCACCGCGCACACCGCACGCUGUGAGUACGAUCACCACGCUCCAAGAAAAGGGCGAGGAGGACAUCGACUUUGGCGGCGAGGAUGGCGCCGUCGCCGACGCAUGUAGGUGUCUCAAUGCGCCAACGACAGCGGUGGUGGUCCGCGAGCAAAGUCAGGUGAACGUAUCGCUCGAGCACUCGCCACCGUCUCCGGUGCUGCCCGCUCUCCCUCGAACAAGCGCUGCCCUCAACCCAACGGAGGAGCUCCCUACUGCAGCAGCGACAACAUCGUUUAGGAGCAGCGGCGGCAGCCCCAUCCCACCUCCGAUCCCGCCGUAUCCGAAUAACCGUGAGGAGAGCACUGCGAACGCAACGCCACUGCGCCACUCGGAUACGUCCAACCCGGCUCUCUGGCAGAGAGGGAGCCCAGGUGAUGGUGAUGAAGGUCGCAUGUGCAUUGAGGGGCCGCACACGCCGGACGCGGUGCGAGAAGCACUACCGCGUCGGCUGCAGAGCGCCUCUCCGUCGUCGCAGGAGAGCGUCAACGCCAUCAGUAGCUUCUUCCCAGCCGGCCGACCUGACUCUCGCAAGCGUGUAUCGCCGUUGAGUGGACAGGGCCCCAGUAGCAGCUACGGCUGCUCGGAUGGCGGCAGCACCCUGGAGAGUCAUCAAACCCGCCGUUUGACGCCCUACUGCGACACCGAUGAAGAGGAUGACAGCCGUGGCAUCUCCGCCUCACGAAAUGUGACACGGCCACUCGAAGAGAGUGCGCAGGAGGCAGAGCAGCUGCACCACCGUCUGCCCGCCGAAGAUAUGGCUGCCGCAGCGCUUCCAGGCGCGUGCUUGAGCAGCACCGACUCUGCUGUCACGCCGAGUGCGACUCUGCUGCAGUGCGACGAUGACCCCGCAACGCUCUCGUCGCAUGUGCAGGCGGAAGAGCCCGUUUGCCCGCGGGAGGUCAGCUGGCGCUCGGCUCUGCAGUUCAGCCACGCCCUGCUGACGGAGUACCAGCGCAGCGUCUUGACUACCUUCAUGACUGUCUGCAAGGCGGCGUGGCUGCCGUCGAUGGCGGUGUGUAGACUGGGGUAUGUGUGCACACUCGCUUACGCAUCGCCACGGGUGGCGGAACAAGAGCUGGCGACGGGCAUCACCGUGUCGGAGGUGCACCUCCUCUUUCAACUCUGCUGCACCAGCCCAUCAGAGAGUGCUGCCGAUCGACUCGUUGAGUGCUUCUUUGCCACGCAGCUGGUGCGCUACGUGAACUGGGUUCGCCAUCUCCAGUUUGAGUAUCUGUACGUGCGCAUGGUGGUACUGCGGGCCGUGUCCAUGAUGGAGCUGCACGAGCGCCGGCUCAUCUGCAUGCAGCGCGACUUGGGCAUCCGGGACGCCAUCGAGCUGUUCAUGCUGCUCGCCCCUCGCCCACGUGCCCCGACGGUGUCUACCGGACGCCGUGUCUUCUCGGCAUUCCGCAUGGCCUUGCACGCGCUCAGCGGUGGCGGCAACGCAGGUGCCACCACGGCCUCGGCGAAGCGCAGUGAGAGUUGCAGCGGGCGCACGCAGCACAAGCCAUCAUCUCUGGCGACUCCGCGCUGUGCCACUGGCUGCCAACUCAUAGCAAACGAGGAGCGGCGACAGCAUCGUCCGCCGCGUGUUGAGCCGCUCUUUGCCUCGGAAACCUGGAAGGCGGCUCGUGCCACGUGCGACGUCAGCGCCGCAAUGUCUCCCACAAACCACGGGGCUGGUGACAACCACGGGGAUACGCGGGAUGUGGCGCGCAAGGUCGCAGGCGCCACGAACUCGCCACCUGAGAUGCCCGAGUGCCAUCGUGGGACGCCGCAUCUGCUGGACAAAAAGUGCUCGAACGACUGCGGACCGAUGGCGGAGAGACGUAGCGGCGGUGGCGUUUCCUCGGUAUUGCCUGCCUUGUGGCUGCCAAAGUUGAUACGAAGCACGCCACGUAUCGCGUCAGUGGCCCACAAGACGCGGGAGGAGGCGGACAUGGUGACUGCGAAGACGGACUGCAGCGAAGUGGAGCGACAGGAUAAAGCUGGCUUCCCCCGUCGCGGCGCCAGCAGUGUACUAUCCUCACGGUCGCCGAAUCACCGCGAGCCUGGCAGGCGGAACAGCAGGGACGCUGCGCUGCCGAAUGGCGGGCUACGCGCAAGGGAGACGGUGCAGCCAACGAAGCGCCGCCGCACGCCGCCGCUGCCAACGGACGCCGACUUUGUGAACCUACACGACGCAGAAGUUCUGAAGCGCUUCGUGAAGUAG